AUGAUGAAUGACACGGCAGAUAACUUGCAAGCCUCGGAGAUUCAAGAAAAUAAUUCUCUGAGAGUGAAAUUAAUUAAUUUUAAUGAAAUUCAUGAUGAUGAUUGUUUGAGGAUGAAUUCGGGACUCGAUACAUUUCAUGUGGAUGCAGAAAUUUGUUUGCAUGAUUUAUUUCAAAAAUUGAAAGAAAAGAUGAGAAGUCGGAAAAGAAUACCCAAAGCCUUUUCUCGCAAGUUUGAAGCAACUGAAAGGAUUGGAGAUAAUAUCGUUUCAAAUCCCUAUGACGCGAAAAUCAGUUACAAACUUCAAUAUAUUGUUAUUAGUGAUUAUAGUUCGCAUUUGAUUCACGUUUUUGAUUUAGUUUCAAAAGAGCUCAAAACAUCUUUCAAAUCCGGCUACCCAAUGUAUUUGGAAAUUGAUGAGUAUCAUUCACCUCAUAGCGAUGCUCUAUUGGUUGCAUGUGAUGUGUACCCUGCUCGAUCGGUCUACAAGUAUGAUUUAUUGAUGUUAUUUUCAAAACAAUCCAAUGACGAUUUUGUUUCAAGUAGAGGAGGUUCGAUUGUUAUCAAUAAGAGUUUUGUUUGGAAAACUGAAAAUCUUGGAUGGCCACAAGGAAUUGCAUGUACACCAAAUUUUGUUUAUGUGUGUGAUUCAUAUGAUCAUUCACGAUGUGUGUACAUGAUUAAUCGACAAACUGGAGCCACAAUUACAACAAUUUCAGUUGGCCAAGCUUGUUAUGGGAUUGCUGUUGCAAGAAAUGAGAAGCAAUUUUUUGUAGGCAAAGGUAAUGGAGAUAUUGAUUUGGUAGAAAUGACUCAUGACAAUCAAUAUGUGAUCACGAAUUAUUAUAAGAUGAAGCAUAGUGGUUCGUGUUACGGGUUAAUUUACGACCGAGCUUCAGAUGUCAUUCUUGGGGCCUUAUCGAACAUAACCGUGUUAAGUAUGGAUGGAACAGUACUCAAAAUAGCCAAAGAUAGUACUCUUAAGGGAGCUAAGGGAUUUUGUCUGAACGAGUUGGAAGGUGAAUUAUACAUAUGUAGUCGAGCUCCAGCCCAUGUCACGAUUGUAAAAUAA